UGCUCCCUCAGCCAAUCCUGAAUUGAUGGGCAUCCCCUCAGUUUCUACUACUUUGCCAUGAGAAAAAGAACUGCUGGAAAUAGUUUUGAUUAAAAACUUGAUGUCAGUACUCAGUUUUUAAGAGUCACUCAACACUCAAGAAAACAAAAUGGGGACUCCUGGGUCGGGAAGGAAGAGAACGCCAGUCAAAGACCGCUUCUCUGCAGAAGAUGAAGCUUUGAGCAACAUCGCUCGAGAGGCCGAGGCCAGACUGGCAGCCAAACGGGCUGCCCGCGCCGAAGCGAGAGACAUCCGGAUGAGGGAGCUGGAGCGGCAGCAGAAAGAGCACUCCCAUCAUUCCUAUGAUCGAAAAUGGGGCCAGAUUCAGAAGUGGAUGGAAGAUGCAGAAAGGGCCAGGUAUUCUCACCGGUCCAGUCAUCGUCAUCCCCACCUGGGAGUUGAGGAUGCACUGUCCACUCGAAAUAUUGGCAAUCACAGGUUCGAUACCCUGAAGACUCGCUCUACAAAGCAUUCAUCUUCAAGCCAUGCUUAUGGUGACUCCUACGGCUUGAAGAGGAGGUCUUCUAGCGCCUACAAAGACCCCCUGAAAGGCCUGUACUAUGACCAGAGGAAUUAUAGCAGCCUUAGACACAGCAAGUCACCCUCUGCCUACUACACUCGGUCUUCUUCCUUGUGCAGUGACUCGCUGGCAACUUCUAAAACUCACAGGGUUUCUCGCGCAGUAGACACUGGUCUGAUGAGAAGUGCCAGUUUGGCAUCUCUGGGUGACGUGGCCUUAUAUAGCCCGUACAGUUCCCGAACGCCCUCGGAAUAUAGUUACUCAUCGAGAGCAAGUUCGUCCCGGAGCAGCCCUGUGUUCUCAGAUGAUGACGCCGGGAGUCUCUCGUCCGCAGGUCACCUCCGCCAAGGACGAAGAGCUAGCGUGGUGUCUGCCGCCGAUUACUUUAGUCGCUCCAGUCGGAGGGGAAGCCUUGUCUCUGACGGGGAGGAGGCCGCCGCCCUGGAUCCAAGCAGUUUGGAUGAGAAGUGCGACAAGCAGUAUGCCGAGAUUUAUACCAGGCCUUCUUCUCGCAAUUCUGCCUCAGCCACGACGCCCCUGAGUGGGAGCGCCUCCCGGCGAGGGAGCGGAGACACCGGCAGCUUCGUGGACCCUGACGCUUCCUUAAGUGAAUUACGGGAUAUCUAUGAUCUUAAGGACCAGAUACAAGAUGUAGAAGGGAGAUACAUGCAGGGGCUUAAGGAGCUCAAGGACUCUUUGGCGGCUGUGGAGGAGAAAUACAAGAAAGCCAUGGUUUCCAAUGCCCAGCUUGACAACGAGAAGAAUAACUUGAUCUACCAAGUGGACACGCUGAAAGAUGUGCUUGAGGGACAAGAAGAGCAGAUGGCGGAAUUCUACCGUGAGAAUGAAGAGAAAUCCAAGGAGCUGGAACGGCAGAAGCACCUGUGCACCGUGCUGCAGCACAAGAUGGAGAUGCUCAAAGAGGGUCUGCGCCAGCGGGACGAGCUCAUCGAGGAGAAGCGAUGCAUGCAGCAGAGAGUAGACAGCCUAACCAAAGAGGUGUUUGACCUUCAGGAGACACUUAUUUGGAAAGAUAAAAAAAUUGGGGCCCUAGAGAGCCAGAGAGACUCCUUUGGGCGCCUUAGCAGCGAGCGGGAUGCGCUCAGGGAGGAGUUGGCGCAGCUGAAGGGGAACCUGCGAAUGGGCGAGAAGCACGGGCUGGUGAUCAUCCCGGACGGCGCCCCCAACGGGGAGCUGGGCCCCGAGCCUGGGGCAGGCGCCAUCACCGUGGUGUCGCAGGAGGCGGCGCAGGUCCUGGAGUCGGCGGGGGAGGGACCCCUCGAUGUGAGGCUACGGAAACUCGCCGGGGAAAAGGAGGAGCUGCUGUCCCAGAUCCGAAAGCUGAAGCUGCAGUUGGAGGAGGAGCGGCAGAAGUGCUCCCGACAGGACGGACCCUUCGGGGACCUGGGGGGGCUGGAGAACGGAGCCGACCUGCAGUUCAUUGAGAUGCAGAGAGACGCCAACAGGCAAAUUAGCGAAUAUAAGUUCAAACUUUCAAAGGCAGAGCAGGACAUCACCACCAUGGAGCAGAACAUCGGGAGGCUGGAAGGGCAGGUGGCCAGGUACAAGAACGCGGCUGAGAACGCAGAGAAGGUGGAGGACGAGCUCAAGGCGGACAAGAGGAAGCUGCAGCGCGAGUUACGGACGGCGCUGGACAAGAUCGAGGAGAUGGAGAUGACCAACAGUCACCUGGUGAAGAGGCUGGAGAAGAUGAAAGCGAACCGGACGGCCCUGCUGAACCAGCAGUAGCCGUGGCGCUCCUUCCAGGCCGGGCCUCUCUCCUCCCGGGCCGGGCCUCCCUCCUCCCGGCUUUGGGCCAACUCAGACUUUUGCUGCAUUCGAGCUCUCGGCUGUUGGGUCCUGUUUUUGUCGGAUGAUUAAAGUGGCGCCUUUUACCGUGUGAUUUA